AUCAAAACUAGCCAUGUAAAAACAGCAAAAAACAAAACAAAAAACAAAACAAAAAACAACAACAACAACAACAACAACAACAACAAAAAACGAAUAUAAAUGAGACAUUCAGAUUUUUUUUUAAAAAGGCAACUGUAUUACAAUAAGUAUAUGUAGUGUGAACUGGUGUGCCCCUGUAAAAUGAUACAUACUGUAAUGGGGGCUGUGGUUGGAGGUGGGUAGUACAUUCCAGCCACUCACAUUAUCCAUUUGUUCUCUGCCUGAGAGAGUGAGAGCAGCACACGUGCAGCCAAGCAGCCACAUCAACAUUAGCUUUGCUGUGCCCUUGUCUAUGUGGGUGUAUGAAAUGUAGUGUGUGGGAGGAAACAGGUAGGUGGGGAAGCGAAUAUAUAAGUGAGCCAGAACUUAGGUACUGCCUCAAACUGUUGAUGGUAAAGUCAGUAAUUCAGCCAACACGACUUUUGAAGGUAAUUAGAGACCUGGCACAACAGCAGCAGAGUUACCAUGGAGACUGGCAGGCCUGGAUUGGCGAGUGCUCCAGUGCACAUCAGCUCCGUUGCAGCACAGACAGAGAAAAGGAUGGACAUUCAGGCCCCACUCACGGCUGUUUACAUCCACACAGUGCCUGCUUUACCAGUGCAGCCCUACCCACAGCUUCCUGCAGCUGCCCAGGAACCGACUACACUCCAUCUGGCCAUGCCACCACUCUACUCUAAGGAGACACUUCCCUUUCUGACACUCCAUAUUGCUGGUGGACUGCAGUCUCCGCCGGGACUGAGUCUGGCAGCUGCUGCUCCUGCAGCCAGACCCAAAUCAACAGGAAAGUAUGUAUGUCCUCACUGUGGACGGGACUGUAUGAAGCCCAGUGUGCUCGAGAAGCAUCUCCGAUGCCACACAGGGGAGCGGCCUUAUCCCUGCACUAUUUGUGGAGUUUCUUUUAAGACCCAGAGCAAUCUCUACAAACAUAAACGUACUCAGGCUCAUGCCCGCCUCUCAUCUGAGUCAGAGCAGAGCAGCCUGGGCAGCCUAGACAGCAUGUCCAGCUCCAGAGAGACUCAUACCUCCAGUUUAUCUCUGGAUGAGUGCAGCGAGGAGUCAGGCAGCAUGGAGAAGGACUCCACACUACCUGCUGCUGAGAUUACCUGUGCAGCCAAUACUAUAAGGGUAUACUCUUUCAAGACACAAGGGUCUCUCAGUGAACAGAAUGAGCUGACCACUGCAUGUCAUAAAACAGAAUCAAAUGAAAGUGCAAAAGUAAUACAAGAAGAGGGAAAACUGAGGGUGGAAAAUGAAACACCUCCUUUAACUCUUAGUCGCCAUCUUCCCCUUCAGAGACAAGAGGCCACUCUGUUCUCCAAGCAGUGGGAGACCUCCGUAUCCAGAGGAAAAUCACAGAGCCAUGAGAGCACAGACUCAGGCUUUAGUGAGAGCAGUGACCACUAUCCAAGCCCUGGCAGUGUUUUACCUGACAACAGUAUAGAUUUUCUCAGUGAAUCUACUAAAAAGCAUCCUGAUGAAACCACCAACAGACACACACAUUCAGAACCAUGCCAAGAUGCACAGGAGCCCAAAGACACUGUAGGAGAGGAGGAGCAGAAGACACUGGAGGAGCGCAUAUCUAAGCUGAUAUCUGACAAUACAGCUGUUGUAGAAGACAAACAGCUUGAGAAUGUAAGGCCGCGGAAGACAGUUUUGUCAAAGCAGGGUAGCAUUGACCUCCCUAUGCCAUACACAUAUAAGGACUCUUUUCACUUCGACAUGAGGAUCAGUAAGACCCAGAACUUUGGGUUACAGCGACACAGGAAGCCUGGAUUGUACAGCUCUGUGCCCACUCAGCACUCCACCACCUUGGAGCAUGCCCCCUUAACCCGCAGCAACUCCUUCCCCUUCAGUGUUACCCUCCUGCAGCCUGAGAAGAGCAGCUCAUCCUCCUUUUAUCAGAGUGAUUAUGUAACUCUUGUUCGCAGGAGAAGCUCGAGCCAGAUCAAUUCAACAGGUUUUGCGAUCAAGCCUGUGAACCAGCAGUCAUCCACCCACCGCCCAUUGGUCCGGCAGACAGCCGUAGACUGCAACCACGCAACAGACGGUCUCUUCAUGAAUUCAUCUGUGGAGGAGGCAUGCACCAGUAGUCUCAGCUGUGAUGGGGAUGGCAGUGACAUUUGUGGAGAGCCAAGCAACAGAAAGUUCCGGAGGAAGAAAGCACAGAAGUUUGCCUACAACAAGUGGUACAUGUACGGGGGUGGGACAUUUAAGAAGCUCUAUAAUGCUGAGAAAGGUCUUGAUAACAGUGUUAUCAAAGGAAAGAAAUGUAUGAACCAGGAGCACGAGGUUGUUCAGGGUCAACAAAAAAGGUUGUCAGCUGUUAAUAAGGACACAGUAACAACAACAAGCCCAACAAUAAACAUCACAAGCAGCAGUGCAACAGUGUGCCACUCAGGCUGCCCUCCUGCUAAGCUAACCCUUGCCUCUGCUGUGGAUUUUAAUCUAAGAACAAGCCAGCUUCAUUCAUCAUGCAGCUCUCUCAAGACUCCACUCAGGAGAAAUUUGUCUUUGUCAGUAGUGCCAUUACUUUCAGCUGAAUCCUUGGUUAGCCAUACAACAAACAGUAUCAGCACAGAGACAGGGAGGUUGCUUAAUGAAGAAAAACAUGCCAAUUCCACCUCUCAGUUCUGUGGAGCCCAUGUUCCCUCUGAUAGGAAAAAGCAGAGAACUGAUGACAAAAUAAGUUGUUCGCUGGACAUGGAGACCGACCCAAACACAUUGACUCAUCCCCCUCCCUCUAUCAUUGGCAGUGCACCACAGCAGGAUACAAAUCUCAGUUACAUCAACCUUCAAAAAAAUCAAAAACACACUCCUCUCAAAGGAACUCUCUUUUCACCAUCCAUAAUCAAUGCAAAUGCACCAUUUGUUAACACAUUGCCAGCCACUUCCAUCCCCUCUGCUGCCAAAACCAGCUUCCUGCCCAAGUACCAGCUCAAGUUACCUAAUUCUGCUGAACCUGAUUCAAAUACUUCACCGCCUGUUGUGAAUACACAGGCAGGAACUGAUGGCUACACUUUCACCUGUGCUCUGUCAUCUUCUCAAACUGAGAAACAGACCUCACCCUCAGUCACAGCCGAAAAGAAAUGUAGUGACCCUGUUACCUCGCUGUUGAUGCAGACUUGUGAUAUCAAAAGGAUGAAUGCUUUUAAUUCUGCACAGCUUCUCUUGCCUUGCACAGCCACAACCCUAUGUCAAGCUGAAGCAUCAAGAUUAAAUGAAAAUGCAACAUCUAGUCUACCCGUAGUGCACAGGCAAUAUGCAGCAACCACAACCACAACCUGCCUACAAGACUAUCAGACAGAAUUAUGCAGCACUUCAAUACAGCCCUCAAAAUUUUCAGCAUGCCCAGCGCUUACGCAGUUACCCAGACCUGUUGCACCUGUGGUUGCGAACUUUCAGGCUAUACCUACCAUAACCACAGAAAAAAAUCUGACAUCUGCUGCUGCUAUUACAGCUCUCUCACAAGGGUAUGCAUUAAAUCCAGUAAAUAGAACAUAUGCUGGCUCAAACACCAAAAACAUACCUUGUCACAUCAUACCCAUUAACCAGGUGCAACCAGCUGCUCAGAAUGUGUUUCAUGUUCACACAGCAGACCUCCAGAUCUGCCUUCAGCUCAUAUCCGAUGAGCAGCUGGCUCUCAUUGAACCACAGAUUGAGCGGCAAGUAGGCAGCAGCCUCUCACAGAGAUGUGACAUGGAAGCACUGGCCCCAGAAAUGAUCCAGAAUAAAACUCAAAUCUCUGUCAUCAUGGAAAGUUGCAAUGAGGGAAGGGACCAUCAACAGCCAGGACAUCGAAAGGAGUUGGACCAGUGUGAAUUUUUACCCACACUUAACACGGAGCACAUAAAACCUCCACUUUCUGUCCAAUUUGGGAAGGCACAGUCAAAUAUCCACAUGACUGAACAUAGCAAUUCCAGUCAGGCUACAGAAUCAGCUGAAUCUAAGCCUCCCGAAGCUUUAGGCUUAAUGCUAUGCCCAUAUAAAUACAGUAUACACACAGCCACAGAGACCUUAAGCUCUGCAGCUGAUGUUAUGUCAACUGCUGCUUCACUUGAAGGUGUACAAUCAGGAAGAGGCCAAACUUCAGAGAGGGAACAUGCCCUUUUGCUGAACCAUUGUGCUGAGGAGCAACAUUUGCUGGACAAGAAGGUCAGCCAAGGAGGAUUGGUCUUACAAACAGUCUCUGGCCAACGCAAGCUCAGCAUGACCUGUCUUUCUCCCAAAACAGUAAAUCUGAAUAGCACAAGAAGUGAGCUAUUGGGCAAAGAAAGCCAGCAAAAACUUAAAAAUCAACAUUCCUCAUGCAAUGAUGGCAUAAUAAAAGCCAAAGGUGAAGCCUCUGCAUACAAAAGCAGAAGGUUAGAAAGUGGAGAAAGCUCCUCUUUGCGGGUUAAGUUCAGUAAGGCUUCUGGCAGUGCAUGUGCUGAUGAACUCUCUGGGUCAGUUUCUUCAUUUGCCAUCAAUAAAUACAAGGCUCCAAGACAGUUGAACCCACAAGCAUCCAUUUACUACAGUAAUCCUUCAGAGCCUACAUUGUCAGAGACUCUGAAUCCAUCUAAACAUGCAAACAGGGGCUUUGACAGGGUGGGAACUUUGGACAAUUCUGACCCUUCACAGGAAAUGGCUCUCAGUGUAUCACAAGAUGUAAUCAGCUCAGCCCACUCAGAAAAACAACUAGAUCAGUUAACUUCAGUGUCCUCUAACAUCCAGGUGGAAAGAUCCAACAACAUCCCAGCUGUGCUCACAUGCAUUCCUAUUAGUCCUACUGCAGGGCUUAUAGAGAGAGUCUCCUUGGCUGGAUGUGCAGCCCAGAAGGAGCUGCAGACAUGCAGACAUGGAGGUACCCCUGUGCUGUCACACAGCACAAACUGGAGGCCAAAGCAGAACCAAGUGCCUAGAGAGACAAAACACCAACAAAUGGAUGGGCAGGGUGAUGGAAGAGCGAUGGAAGAGAAGAAGAAUGGAGUAAUCAAGACAGACCAGGAGUCAGGUCAAUGGGGCAACGAUGAGUCUAACUGCAGGCACACAGUUUUACUAGACACAACAAAACCAGAGGGAGAAGACAGAAAAGUCCAGGCAGAUUCUUUUAAAAACUCUUGGCUAUCUGAGCAACAUCUUCAGCAUCUUUCCCAGACGCUUUCCAAUUCUCCGCAGCCCCCCCUGAAAAUGAACAACUUUUAUUUCGCACAACAACAUUGGGAAAUCAGCAUCAUCCAUAACCAACAAACACAGAUCUUAUGUGACUCAAAUUCAAGCAAGCUUAUCAAAACACAGGCCCAAUUAACAGAAACACAAAAUGCUUUUUCACAAAUUGAGUCCAGCCCUCAGCAAACUACAGUUUCAUAUCAGGACCAAAAACAAGACCAAAAACAGACCCUAAGCAUUCAGAAAGGAAAUACUACUGCAGGUAACACCAGCACAGGAGUAAGCUGUUGUACUAAGUUAACAUUAGGAAGACACAAAAGCACAAGUCUCUCACCUGAUGUCAAAACAUCAUCCAUUACACAUCACUGCCAAGUUUCUCAUUCUCCUCAAGUUAGCAGAGCUACUACUGGAUGGAAAGGAAACAUCCAAAACAAUAUGCUGGAUAAUAAUACUGGGCUGCCAUCAAAGCCCUUUACAUACCCAGAACCUAAGCAGGACAUCAAGGAUCAGACACUAGAUGAUAACACAAUGCAGGCCAGUAACUCUGGGAGACCUGACAUUACCAACAAAUACCAGUCUUAUUUCUUGACUGGUCAGCUUCAAGGCUAUCAGCCAGCUGAGUGUCUGACCAGUGGAGUGAGGCCUGUUCAAAGCUGCCAGGACUACUCAGAAGACACCAGCAGUAGUGAUGAUGAAGGAAAGCUUAUCAUAGAGCUUUAGGGGAAAUGUGAACAUCCACAUAUGCCAUUUUAACUUUUAUUUGCUGUACAUUUUUCAGAAGCAAGAUUGGUUAGGAGUUAACUCAGUGGGCAGAGCCAAGAACCACAUGUGUAAACUCAAAAUGAGACAAAAAAUUAAUUAAUUAAUAAUUAACUGUUAAUAAUUAUCAGUGCAUUCUUGAUAUUUUAAGUGCAAGUUAAUGUCCCCUCCAUGUCAUAUUGUACUGAGUGUAAUUAUAAGCAAGCAGGAAACUCAUCCUUAUGUCACACUCCAGAUUGUAAUGGUUGUCAGGAGUAUUUCACACAGGGUGAAAACAACCACAGAAGUCACCAAAGCAGUCACAAAACAGCUGGCAGUUAGAGCCAAUUAAAAUUUUAUAUUAACACAAAUAAGUCAAAGUUAAAAAAGCCCCACAGACACAAAUUCUGAACAUGAAUUUAAAAGUGAAAAAUAUAUAAAACCAGAUAAAAUGCAUUUCCUGCUGAAAAUGCUUGUGAAUGCUGGAAGCAUGAGCACUAUUGCUCUUCAAAUCUUUAUUAAUAUUGUUAUUAUUAUUGAUAUUAUUUUUUUAAAAAUUAUAACAGCCCACUGCUGGACUCAAACUGGCAAUCUCAUGAACAAUAGGCAACUGCUCUACCAGUUGCACCACUGAAGACCACAAGGUACUAGGGGUGGUGCUAAAAUUAAUUGUAGUGGUAGUAAAAUUGCAAAAUUGCAAAAAGCGUAAAAAAAAGAUCUCCAUUAUUAUUAGUCUUUUUGGGAGGGUUUUUUGAUACUUGUCUGUGUCAGGGCUUGAACAUGAGACCAUUGGUUGGUAGGAAUCCAUGUUACUGAGCUUGCCACUGAAGUCCACAGUGCAAUGCCUGGUAGUAAAACCACUUGUAGUUGCAAAAUUGUUAUAAAUAGCAAAAUAGCAUAAAAGCAUAAACAGUCAAAAAAAAAAAAAGUUGAAUAAGCAAAACCGCAAAAAGCUUAAAAAGUGAAACAUUUUCAUAGCAGAAUGGUUUCUACAGCAGAAAGUGCAGUGAAAUUUCAGUGUCUGAAGCAGGGAUCAACCCGGGAACCUUGGGAUUGGGAAAGCUCCCAUAGGAUCCCUUUCAUUAAUUCAUAGAAAAAUUCAUACAAAAUCAUACAUGCAUAGGAUCAAAAAGUUGAAAACAUCCCUAAAAGUCUAGGAGAAGCUGAACAUUUUGAUACCUGAAUGGUGUCUGUAGCACAAAUCAUGUGGGACUAUUUAGGGGCCGAAAAAGGUACAGAAUAAUAAUAAUAAUGUGACCAAAAUUUUAACAUAUAAAUGAAAAAUGUCAAUGAUGUUGUUGUAGAAGGUCAGCAUGUUGGCUAAAUAUCUUGGAGGCUAGUUUGAAAAGCCAGUGUGGUUAUUUAGAUAAAGUUGUUUCCCUAGCCUAUCAAAAGAAUUCCCCCAUUUCACAAAAGGUUUCUGCUCUGCACUCAUUGUCAGCCCAUUAUACUGUUGCAUCCCCUCACUAAUGUGUGCCUGUGGCUUUCCCUAUUUACCCACAGCACCUGUGGUGUCAUUAGGUUGAUCCAACCUUGCUAAGUGAAGUAAUGUGGUUCCACAACUAAAACUUCCUCAAAAGAAAGUGAGUUUCUUGCUUAUGUGUUCUUGCAAAUAUAUAACUUUAUAAUCUCAAAGCCAAUUGCUUCUUGGCUUCAUUUGUGUUAACAGAAGAAUUGUGUUUUCUACUUCUAUUAACCAACUAAUGAGAUUGCUUCUACCCCCUAAGAAAUGUUGUGUGACUUCUGUUCUGCUCAUACAUGCUUACACACACUUCAUUUGUGUCUACCUUCCCAUGCUCACUCUCUCAUAAAUUGCACUCUGUAACACUCCCCAGCCUUCCCUGACAACACCUGUGUACAUAAAUCCACCGCUAUAACUCACACUAACUUGCUUGUCAAUCUUCAGCCCAUUAGUGGUCAUAAAACUUUUUGGACUUGACAGGUGUAUGUGUGCAGCAGUGCUAAAUGAGCUGGCCUGUUUGAUUUGACGUGUUAGAUGUAUAUAGUGCUGCACAAACAAAAGCCAAGGCCAGUUACAGUUACAAACUGAUUUAUGAUGACAUUAUUGUUAUUUGUUUUUAUUGUCUUAAUUUUACAUUCUUGUCACAGAUUGUACACAUCCUAUAAGCAUAACUGCCAAAACAAAUUAAUUCAGCUCAAAUUUAUUGCACAUCAUAUUGUUCAAUAAAACAAAGAACAGGUAAACUGUACUCAAAACCA